AUGGCAAUUGGUUCUGAAAUAACAAAAGAGAAUGUGGAAUCUUUCAAAAAACGAUUCAAUAGUUUGGUUGAGCUUGGAAUGGACUUUGAUUUCAAUGUACUCCAAUCCACAGAAAUUGAUCAAUUACGCGGGAAAUUAGCAAAACAUAAUCUUGUUUUCAAAGUUCCUCAAGGUUUAAAUGAUCCACCAACUAAACGAUCUGUCAUAUCAGCGACACAAAGAUAUGGUACCAAUUUAAUUCAACAAGCAUUAAAUAUAUUGGAGUACGUCAAACUAUCAAACUCACUUUUGUUGAAAUGCAAAGAAGAAUUGAAAGUUGCUCUCAUGCCUAGCGUUGAACUCUCUGGCCUGUGCUCUGAAAUCCUAUCACUAUUCGCUUGGACUUUGAAAACCUGUUCCCAAGAGGAUAACUAA